GUGUGAUAGGUGAAUGACAGAUGGACUGUCCUGUCCUUGUGUGUAGUGUGUAAAAUAAAAUGCAAUGCAUGUUGCAUUAUUUUAUUGUCGGUUUUAUUUAUUUAUGACUGAAAUUCUAUAUUCAAGCUUCUUAAAUACAAAAUAUUUUACAUUCAGUAUAAAAAUACAAAGUUUUAUGUAAUAGUGCGUUUAUGCUUCGUUCCAAUUAGAACAAAAUGGAAGAGGAGAUAAGAUGUUUUGUUUGUAAAGAAUUCUACAGGGAACCAGUGUUACUACCUUGUGGGCAUGCACUUUGCAGAGUUUGUGCUGUCAAUUUGCAGACCCACAUACCAGAAGGAGAUAACUCUGCAGCCUCUAACGAUUACCAAGAAGCGGACAAAGCCUCAGUAUCUAGCGAAACUGACAGUGGAGUAGUAUGUGGAUCAAGGCCUAAUAGUUACGCAGGAACCCCGGCAGUGCCCGCGUAUUCGAGUGCGGCGUUCACAAUAACUUGUCCAUCCUGCAGUAAAUUAGUUUAUUUGGAUGACAAUGGGGCCGAAGGGCUACCUCCGUUUCGCGUUAUGCGAACUAUUGUUGAGCGAUUCGGUGGUGUUACUGGUGCUCCGCCUGCUGAGGAGGCCUGUCAAAUGUGUGAAGGUGAAAGGCGAGCAGCCGUAGUGAGAUGUGAGCAGUGUUCAGUUCGGUACUGCGCUGGCUGUCGAGACGCCUGGCACCCCACACGUGGGCCCCUGGCCCAGCACGAGCUGCGGCCACUGGGCACCACUUGUGCAGAUCAUGGCUCGCCUCCCGUGCUCUAUUGUAAUGCCUGUUUAGUGCCCAUAUGUCAGCGAUGCCUUGCUGAACGUCACUCUACACAUGAAACACAAGCAUUGUCCACAGCUGCCAGAGCUCAUAAGACUGAAUUAUCACAAUCAUUGCAACAUCUAUCAGAACAAGCCAAAGCCAUGACUGAGUACAUACAGCUAGUUAAAGGAACAGGGGACAAAAUUAACGAGUCUUGUGAAGAAUUGGAAAAACAAAUUGACAAUGCUUGUUCUGAAGUAACUCGUGCCAUAGAGAGGAGACGCGAUGAGCUUAUACGUGCAGCUAGAAACACACGAUCUCAGGCCAUAACCAAUAUGCGCUCCCUUACGUCACAUGCUGCUCAGAAGCUGCGAGAAGCAACAGCUUUGCUCCACUUCUCCAUUGAAGCUCUUAAAGAAUCAGAUCAUGCAGCUUUUCUACAAGUGGGGAACAUACUAUCGGCGCGCGCGCAGGAGACCGCGUCCAAUCUAUGUUCGUCAUUAGACACCCCGCCCACUGCCCCAGCCCUCACACUCGAUGUAGAGCCAGUGCUACGUACCGUCAGAAGUAUGAACUUCGUGGAAUGCAUACCGCCCGGGGCUCCCGAGAUGGCAGUGGAAGCUUGUGCAGCGCGCGGCUGUUCGUGUACGCUCGCGUGGCGGGCUCCGGCACAACCCCAUGCCGUGCGUGGAUACGUGCUGGAACUAGACGACGGGUUGGGCGGCCCAUUCCGGGAAGUAUAUUGCGGACGCGAAACUGUCUGCACAAUAGACGGUUUGCAUUAUGCCUCGUUGUACAGUGCCCGAGUGAAGGCAUUCAACGGAGCCGGCGAGGGUCCCUACAGUGAAGUAAUCGGCCUUCAAACUUCUCCAGUGGCAUGGUUCACAUGGGACGCGCGCUGUGCGGAGGCCGAAGGUGGAGUGACCUUGAGUGCAGACGGGCUUAGUGCGGCAGCGGCGGGCUGGCAGCCUCGCGUCGCGCUCGCAGACCAGCCACUCGCUCGCGGCUUGCACUACUGGCGACUACGCAUCGACAGAUACGAUGGAGACGCUGAUCCUGCCUUCGGAAUUGCUCGGGCGGAUGUCGCUAGGGAUAAAAUGCUAGGUAGCGACGCAUUGGGAUGGGCGAUGUAUAUAGAUGGUUCGAGGUCGUGGUUCGUGCAUGGCGGCGCGCACGGCGGUCGGGCUGCGGGAGGUAUUGCACGCGGUGCCUGCGUCGGUGUACUACUUGAUCUCACUCGUGGCACACUACGUUUCACUGUAGACGACCAACCCCAGGGCGAUAUAGCAUUCACGGGUCUACGGGGAGCGUUCUAUCCGGCUGUAUCAUUGAACCGCGGUGUGGCCGUUACUCUGCAACCAGGCCUACCACCACCACCAGACCUGCUAAUAUCACAACUAUCUAUCGAAUGAAAUCGCAGCUAAUUAUUAUCUCAACAAGAAUGACAUACAUUAGGUAAAUCAAAUUUCGCUAAGUUCUAGAGGUCAUCAUAAUCAUCAUCUGACUCUAUCGUCUCCGAUAUAUUCUGGGCUUCCCAUAAGCAGCUUUUGUAUGCUUCUUUCCAUAAUUUCCUUUUGUUUGGUAUCCAAUUGAUCAUUUGUUUUUUUUUUAAAUGAGCCUUAGAUAUGGUAGAGGAAAAUAUUUGUUUAAAGAAGUUUUAGAACAAGGUAUUGUCCAUAAAAAUUAAGGAUUGACACAAGUUGCAAUUUGAAAUGCAUUUUGAUUAUUUUCUUCAAUCUGUGUUUCCAUUAUUGACAUAUAUAGCAGAAAACGUUUCUGGGAGUGGUUUGCCUCUCUUUGCUUAAUAUAAGUAUCAGAAUUGCUGCUCUUGGCAAAAUUAAUGUCGUUUUUUGCACAUGUCUGUAUGGCCGACAGCAUAAUUUAGUAAUAACGCUAUGAGCGCUCCAGUCAUCAUUUUGUAAUAUCAUCACUAAAUGACAACUUUAUGUGUGGUGGGCUUCACAAAGGGAAGUCCCAGUAAUAAAUGUCGGGGAUAAACUACUGACAGCUUUACAUUUAUAUAAAGUUCUGUGAAUAAAAGUUAAACUUGUUGCUAUCGAGAUUCAUAUCAAUUUCUUUUAAGUAUAAUAUGUACAAUUAAUUAUCACGCCAACGUGAACGAAAAGUACAUUUUAUUAAGAAUAACGCACAUUAUAUCUAGUAGAAACUUUUGAUUCGUAAUUAUUAUUAAGGAGUUCAAUGGCCACAUGUAUUUGGUUAUAUUUUGUACUUAUUUAAUACGCCUACUUAAAUACGCAAUAGAGUAUCGAAUUUACAUUAAGGAUUGUUAUUAAAUACAUAUUUUGUAAUGGCCCAUAGUUGUAAGCUGUGUUUAAAACGUAUAAAUUAAUGUCACUUAGAUAGAUAUUAGAAUUUGGAAUGUGUGAAAUUGGUUUGUUUUUCAUAUAUUAAUAUUUUUAAAACGGUAUGCCAUAAAAUGCUAUUAAUAUAUGUAACAUUUAAUGGAGUAUACAAAAUACUUCUGUUUAAGUAAAUCUUUAACAUGUACUUAAUAAUUUGAUCUCUUCAAUUGAAACAUUAUUUAGUCAUGCAUGAAAUAUGAUCAAAAUAAUUUAAUGUUAUGACCAACUAAUACAUGACAAUGUAAUUUAAUUUCGUGAUUUUAAGUUAUUGUUAUUGUUUUAAUCUGAUUGACCAGAUGAGUAUGUCGGGGGACCUGAAAAGUAAUUAGAAUGAUUCCAAUACCCACCAGAACUAUCCGCCAAUUGAUGUUUCUUUAUUUGUAAGACAGCUAUAUUUUUUAUGCCUAUUUAUAUUUAUGUGAUGAACUGCCUAUGUUAUCUUUAAUAAACAUGUGUUCAAAAUUUAACUAAUGAUAUUCGUUUUUUUAUUAUUUCAUAUUAUAAGGGGCCGUCCAAUACUUACCUUAAACUAGUAGGUAACUUAACAUGCAGUCGAGUAGUUAUUUCAAUUAUAUAAAAACCUCAAACGAAAACGGUUCCUUUGGUGAUGGUCAAGUAAGCACCUACAUACUUAUCAAAAUAAGGAUGCAACCACCUAAACUGUAACGACGAUGUGCAUAAAUUGCCAGUUAUACCCAGUACCUUUGCAUAUUGUGACACACGCUUUCAAAUUAAUGAAACUUCUUUAAAUAUUCCACUGUCGGUAAAAUGGGGAGAACCGGUGAAUAGAUACUAGUAAAAUUCAUCAACAUCUAUUCACCACUUUUGUGUUUCUAUUCUACUCGUUAUACGGCACAUCUUCGUGUUCCAGAUCGUUCAUGAAUCGACACACGAAAAACGACGAAGUACGUUCGCUAUGUAUACAUCAGAAUCGCCGUUUCUAAAUUAUUUAUUUUGUUCUUACCUAGAUGGUCACUGUAAAUUUAUAUCUACAUAUCCUAUUAAUUAACGAAUUGCUCUGUAACACCCUGGUUACAAUCGAAGAUUUUAUGUACCGUAAAACGGCGUCAGUCGAAUUUAAGGGGUGAAUAGAUGUUGACGAAUUUUCCUAGUAUCUAUUCACCUCUCUUCUGUGUCUAGUCACCCCGUUUUACCGGGUAAAUAAAUUAAAUCACAGGUGAAUAGAAUUUGAGAAGAU